AGAAAGUAAAUGUGUACUUAAUUAAUAUCAUAAGUUUUUUCGAUAAAAAAUGACAGAUUUUUCAAACAAAAAUUACCAUUAAUUAAUGUGUUUUAUGAGAACCUAACUGUUUUUUAUGUAAUUUUAAUGAAAUAAAUCAAUGAAAGUCACAUACGAUUUGAUAUUACAGAAGUCUGUAUGUAAAGAUAUAAAUAAGUUGUUAAUUUUUUUAUUAUAUUUGACAAGAUAAAUAUGAUUGGAACAUAUAAUAUAAAGCACUGAAUUUCAUUUAUUUAUGUUUAACAAGUGUCUUGAGAGUCGAGUCGUUAUUGAACAAUCGGAGUGAUGGUAAAUUAAUAUAAACAGUGAACAAUUUAAAAUGUAUGAUAAGUUUGAAAAGCUUCUGCGAAAAUCACUUGUUAUCUUAAUGCUUAAUGUUGAAUUGAUUUCUGAGUUAUAAGUCCUGAUACUAUCGAAAGAAAGACUAGGGAGCUUAAUUUGAGGUUCGUUUGUGGAUAGUAUAGAAGACUGAUGCAAAUUGUCUUUGCCGUAGGCGGUCUAAUGUUCAUAGUUUUCUUCCCAUUACGUGACUGAUAAGACUUUUUCCGUACAUUUACGGAGAAAAUAAAUUUAACGAGUUGAUCACAGCGACUUUAUCUCCAACAAGAUUUGCCAGGAUAAACUGGAGAAGCGAAUAAAUAGCACCAUGUCUGCGCACGAUAUCGAUUUCAACAGCCCGGUUAUUCAAGAAAGAAUGCUCGAAAUGCAGGCACAGCGCUGCAACAACGGUUCGACUCCCCGAACAGGUUGGUGCCCUGAGACCUGGGAUAGCAUACUUUGUUGGCCACCCACGGCUCCCAAAGAGCUUGCAGUGCUGUCGUGUCCUCACUACAUCGCUGGGUUUGACUUACAGGCAAAUGCUACGAGACAGUGCAUGUCUGACGGACAAUGGUACUGGAGCACAGAAACCAAUAGUACAUGGAGCAACUACACGGAAUGUUAUAAUACUCCGCUUGUAACCGUACUAAUGGAUCUGCCAGAUAUGGAAGCUGAUAACGCCACACUCGUCAAGAAAUAUCUGCCGGUGGUUAAAAUAAUAUCAACAGUUGGGUACGCGGUAUCCUUGUCAGCGCUGAUUAUCGCUUUCUGCAUCUUGGCAACAAUAAAGAAACUGCGGUGUCCGAGAAACAUGCUUCACAUGCAUCUAUUUGCGUCAUUUAUAACCCGGGCAUUUAUGGCAUUGCUUAAAGAAAUUAUUUUCAUCUCCGGACUGGGUCUUUCUUCAGAUGUGCUUAUUAAAAACGGAGAGAGUUACUGGCUUGAUGAUGAUAUCGAAAGUAAUUGGCAUUGCAAAGCAUUCACUAGUUUCUGGCAGUAUGCUAUACUCGCAAAUUACUCUUGGAUAUUGAUGGAAGGCCUCUAUCUCCAUAAUUUAGUUUUUUUUGCAUUAUUCACCGACUCUAAUUCCAGUAUCGCCGGUUACGUCGCGCUUGGAUGGGGUCUGCCGCUGAUAUUUGUACUGCCUUGGAUAUUAAUGCGCGCUUCUAUUGAAGAUACUUUCUGCUGGACUAUCAAUUUAAAUCCCUACGUAUUUUCCGUAAUUCGCAUUCCAACCACACUUUCUAUAGUAAUUAACUUUGCCCUGUUUGUCAAUAUUGUAAGGGUGCUUUAUUUAAAAUUAAAAUCAGCCGUUUGCGAAGAGACGCAUCGUUACCGACGAUGGGCUAGAAGUACUUUGGUACUUGUACCACUUUUUGGAGUUCACUACACCGUUUUCCUUGGGCUGUCCUACAGUAUCGGAUUUGAUGAGCGGGUUGAGCUUAUUUGGCUUACUGGUGACCAACUUUUUGCAUCGUUCCAAGGGUUUUUUGUUGCUGUGCUAUACUGUUUUUUAAAUACCGAAGUGCGAACAGAAGUUACACGAGCUUUCAGAACAACAAAAUGGCCGCAAUUUGGUAGCGGAAGAUGGGGCCAGAGGUCAUCAACGCGCUGUAACAGCACAUGCAGCUGUAACGCCACGAAAAUAACGAAAGAAACGAGGAAGACUAGCUGGUGGCAACUACCCUGUCCUUGUUUCUUUCACAAAAAAAAUAUUCAUUCCAAUCACUCGAUGGCGAGUACUCAAGACGUUACAACAAGAGGAUGUAGUCUAGCAAGUAGCAGAGGGUACUUGGAUUCCGUUGAUCAUGGACACGGUAUCAAUUUGCCAGACGGCUAUGUACAAACUACCAAUCAAGCAUCACCUCUACGAAGCAAGUAUACAGAUCAGUCAAUGUUAUCAUUUUACUCCAAUAUAUCAGAAGGUUGCGGACUAACAUCAAAUCUAACUUAUAAAAUAGAACCGAGUGAACACCAUCGCUGGAGCGAUUCUGAGUGCUGCAGUUUGUCCUUCGAGUUACAAAACUUCCAUCCAGCAUGACCGAGGAACAAACUCCUGAGUGAUAAUAAAUUUAAAACCCUAGUAUAGAUUUUUUUUUUAUUUUUAAUAUUUUAGUUUUAUGAAAUUGUCAGAGGAUUUUAUUCAACGACAAAUGUUAUGAUUUAAUUAUAUAUUUAAAGAAUUUUUUCUCAUUUCUGGUACAAUUGAAUUUAAAUAUUUUUUUACAUCUGUAAAUUUUUAUUUUCAUUUUUACUGUGCUAGAAAUAGAAAAAAUAAUCUAUGAGACUCGUUAAUUAUAAGUAUAGUUUUAUAAUGAUGAAUACCUCAAAUUCUCAGGUAGAAUUUUAAAUAAUUAUUAUUCGCUGGCGAAUAAUUAAAACUGAUAAAUAUUUACUUAAGACCUAAUUCAUAAGA